CCCAUCAUCAACGGCAUGACGGACGACGUGUACACGUACAAGCAGGUGGAGAUGACGGCGCGCAAAGUGGCGUCGGGGCUGAGCCAGGUGGGCAUCCAGCAGGGCGAGACGAUCAUGCUUCUCCUCCCCAACACGCCCGAGUACAUCUUCGCAUUCCUUGGCGCGUCCUACAUAGGCGUGGUCUCCACCAUGGUGAAUCCCUUCUUCACCCCAGCCGAGGUGAUCAAGCAGGCCAAGGCCUCCGCGGCCAAGCUCAUCAUCACGCAGGCGUGCUACGUGGACAUGGUGCGCGACUACGCGGCGGAGGCCGGGGCGAAGGUGGUGUGCAUCGACGUGCCGCCGGCCGGGUGCCUUGCGUUCUCGGAGCUGACGGCAGCGGAUGAGCGGGAGAUGCCGACGAUGAAGAUACACCCGGAGGACGCGGUGGCGCUGCCGUAUUCGUCGGGGACGAUGGGGCUGCCGAAGGGGGUGAUGCUGACGCACAAGGGGCUGGUGACGAGCGUGGCGCAGCAGGUGGACGGGAAGAACCCGAAUUUGUAUAUCCAUAGCGAGGACGUGAUGCUGUGUGUGUUGCCGCUCUUUCAUAUAUACUCCUUGAACUCGGUUUUGUUGUGCGGCCUGCGGGUCGGAGCGGCCAUCCUCAUCAUGAAAGCCGUUGAUAGCCGUUGCUCGGUGGGCCCCGUAUUUAAUAAUAAAAAAAAUUAUUUUCUGGACGACGUCUAA